AUGUCUGUUGUGCUCGCGACGUCGCACGGCAGCCUGCUGCUGCACCUGCGCUGCACCGACUGCCCCAAGGCGUCCUUCAACUUCCUCGCGCUCUGCGCCUCGGCGUACUACGACGGCUGCCGCUUCCACCGCCGCGUCGCGCAGGCGUUCGUGCUGACCGGUGACCCCACGGGAACGGGGCGCGGCGGCGAGUCCAUCUUCGCGCCGAAGGAGCGCUACUUUGACGAUGAGGCGCUCGGGUCCGCGCUGCAUGACGGUCGUGGUGUUGUGUCGAUGGCGCACAAGGGCAACAAGGCCAACACCAAUGCGUCGCAAUUCUUUAUUUUGUUCCAGCCGUGUCCGUCACUCGACGGGAAACAUACCGCAUUCGGCGUGGUGGACUUGGAGUGGAACAAUGGCGAGAGUGAGCGAACGCUCAAGCGACUGGAGGAACUGCAAAUCGAUGACAAGCACAACGUGCUCGAUGGUGACGCAAAGAUAGUAGGCGCAACGGUGCUGUAUAAUCCUUUUGCCGAGGGACACAUCAAGCUUGACGUGUAA